UUUUGGUUUUUGGCCACCCAUCCCCUGGACCUUCCGGGAUGGUCUGGAGAAGAAGCCUUUAAAAGAACUGCCAAAGUGGUCCAGGCGCAGCAGGAAAAGAAUUACCAGGUGACUUUGAUUUGCUAGUUGCUAGAAGCUUUUCCCACCCACCCCCACCCACGGCCUUUUCUCCCGAACUCCUCUUGCUCUGGAUAAUGGCCUUGGACUUGGAGGACUUAUCGAUUUCCCCCUGUAAGAUGCUGUCUCAUUGGCUUGGGGGGGGCUUUGCAUGGUAAUGGACCGCGAGAGAGCCCAGGCCUUCUGGAGGUGAGCCGAUGGAGAUUUAUUCCCCAGACAUGUCCGAGGUCACUGCCGAGAGGUCCUCCAGCCCCUCCACCCAGCUGAGUACAGACCCAUCUCUCGAUGGGCUUCCGGCAGCAGAAGACAUGCCCGGGACCCAGACUGACGACGGGAGAAGCCCGGGGCUCCUGGGCCUGGCGGCUCCCUGCUGUGUGUGCCUGGAAGCCGAGCGCCUGAGGGGUUGCCUCAACUCAGAGAAAAUCUGCAUUGUCCCCAUUCUGGCCUGCCUGGUGAGCCUCUGCCUCUGCAUUGCUGGCCUCAAGUGGGUCUUUGUGGACAAGAUAUUCGAAUAUGACUCUCCAACUCACCUGGACCCCGGGGGGUUAGGCCAGGACCCUAUUAUUCCGCCCGACCCGACGGCAGCCUCAGCUGUGUGGGUACCAUCUGAGGCACACACUUCACCUGUCUCUAGGGCGCAGUCUGAAACGGAGGUUCAAGUUACAGUGCAAGUUGACAAUGCUGUCGUGGCCUCCGGGCCGCCCGCAGGGCCCACCCUGAAGAAUCGAGCUUUUGCGUUUUCUUUCCUGCCUUCCACUGCACCAGCCUUCCUUUCACCCACACGGAACCCUGAGAUGAAAACACCCAAGUCAGCAACUCAGUCACACACCACAGAAACCAAUCUCCAAACUGCUCCUAAACUUUCUACAUCUACAUCUACAACUGGGACAAGCCAUCUUGUGAAGUGUGCAGAAAAAGAGAAGACUUUCUGUGUGAAUGGAGGCGAGUGCUUCAUGGUGAAGGACCUUUCAAACCCCUCAAGAUACAUGUGCAAGUGCCCAAAUGAGUUUACUGGUGAUCGCUGCCAAAACUACGUAAUGGCCAGCUUCUACAAGCAUCUUGGGAUUGAAUUUAUGGAGGCAGAGGAGCUCUACCAGAAGCGAGUGCUGACCAUCACUGGCAUCUGCAUCGCCCUGCUUGUGGUCGGCAUCAUGUGUGUGGUGGCCUACUGCAAAACCAAGAAGCAGCGGAAAAAGCUUCAUGACCGGCUCCGGCAGAGUCUUCGUUCUGAACGCAACAUGGUGAACAUAGCAAACGGACCCCACCGUCCAAAUCCACCCCCGGAGAAUGUUCAGCUGGUGAAUCAAUAUGUGUCUAAAAAUGUCAUCUCUAGUGAGCACGUUGUUGAGAGAGAAGCCGAAACGUCUUUUUCCACUAGUCACUAUACCUCAACAACUCAUCAUUCCACCACUGUCACCCAGACUCCCAGUCACAGCUGGAGCAACGGACACACAGAAAGCAUACUUUCGGAGAGCCACUCUGUCAUCAUGAUGUCAUCAGUAGACAACAGUAGACACAGCAGCCCAGCGGGGGGCCCAAGAGGACGUCUCAAUGGCCUGGGCGGCCCUCGUGAAUGUAACAGCUUCCUCAGGCAUGCCAGAGAAACCCCUGACUCCUACCGAGACUCUCCUCAUAGUGAAAGGUAUGUGUCAGCAAUGACCACCCCGGCUCGUAUGUCACCUGUAGAUUUCCACACGCCAAGCUCCCCCAAAUCGCCCCCUUCGGAAAUGUCUCCACCUGUUUCCAGCACAACGGUGUCCAUGCCCUCCAUGGCAGUCAGCCCCUUUGUGGAAGAGGAGAGACCCCUCCUUCUCGUGACGCCGCCGAGACUGCGGGAGAAGCACGACCAUCACCUUCAGCAGUUCAGCUCCUUCCACCACAACCCUGCGCAUGAGAGCAGCAGCCUGCCCCCGAGCCCCUUGAGGAUAGUAGAGGACGAAGAAUAUGAGACCACCCUGGAGUACGAGCCAGCUCAAGAGCCUGUUAAGAAACUCGCCAAUAGCCGGCGGGCCAAAAGAACCAAGCCCAAUGGCCACAUUGCCAACAGGUUGGAUCUGGACAGCAACACCAGCGCUGAGAGCAGUAACUCAGAAAGUGAAACAGAAGAUGAAAGAGUAGGUGAAGAUACGCCUUUCCUGGGCAUCCAGAACCCCCUGGUAGCCAGUCUUGAGGCAACGCCUGCCUUUCGCCUGACUGAGGGCAGGACUAACCCAGCAGGCCGCUUCUCUACACAAGAAGAAAUGCAGGCUAGGCUGUCUAGUGUAAUUGCUAACCAAGACCCUAUUGCUGUAUAAAGCCUAAAUAAACACAUAGAUUCACCUGUAAAACUUUAUUUUAUAUAAUAAAGUAUUCCACCUUAAAUUAAACAAUUUAUUUUAUUUUAGCAGUUCUGCAAAUAGAAAACAGGAAAAAACUUUUAUAAAUUAAAUAUAUGUAUGUAAAAAUG